AUGGCCGUCCUGUCGUCCCUGCGAGGCCUCGCCCUCCUGGGCCUGGCUGCCACCACUGCUCUCGCCGAGCCCCGAGUGCUGCACAUGCCCAUGGCUCGCAAUGCCAACCACCCCGGUCCUCUGGCCAAACGCGCAGGCGACACCGCCAACACCGCCCAGGUCACCGUCGUCAACGAUGUCAGUUACGGCCUGUACUAUGUGAAUGCGACUGUGGGGACGCCUGGACAAGAGCUUAGCUUGAUUUUGGAUACGGGUAGCAGUGAUGUCUGGUUCUUUGGUACCGGUGCCUGCGCUGCGUCGACGCAGUCGCAGGGGGAUUGCUUUGGGGGAGAAUACAACGACAAAAAAUCUUCCACCUACAAACUCCUCGACAAAGGCACCUUUCAAAUCCAAUAUGGAACCAAUGGCUCCAACGUCGAGGGCGACUACAUUGCCGACACCUUCACCGUUGGCGGCGCUACUGUCAAAAACGCCAUCAUGGCCGUCGCGUACGAAGUCAGCGAGGUCCCAGCCGGAAUCAUGGGCGUUGGCUUCGCCUCCAACGAAGCCAUUGUUGGCGAUGGCGGCAAGGCCUACAAGAGCAUCGUGGACAAAAUGGUCUCGGAGGGGGUUAUUAGCACCAAGGCGUAUAGUUUGUGGUUGAACGAUUUGUUCUCGAGUAGCGGAAACUGCCUGUUCGGCGGCUACGACACCAAAAAGUUCUCUGGCAAUCUCCUGAGUGUGCCCAUCCAGCCCGACGCCCAAACGGACGAAUUGACUAGCAUGACUGUGGCGUGGACUUCUCUGCAGCUCAGCACUGGCGACAGCGCCAAGUCGAUCACGUCCAGCAGCUUCAAGGAGCCCGCACUUUUGGACUCGGGUACCACCUUGAGUAUCAUCCCGGCGCAAAUUUACGAGGAGCUGCACUCGUUCUUCGAAGCCCAAGACGAUGGAGUCGGCAACGCCCUUGUCGAGUGUGCAAAGCUCAACGAUGCCCAGGGUACGCUGGACUUUCAAUUUGGCGGCUCCAAGGGCCCCGUUAUCAAAGUCCCGUUUUCCGAGUUUGCCUUGCCUGCCAUCACCACCGCCGGCACCUGGUAUCAAUACGAGGACGGCAGUUACGCCUGUACUCUUGGCAUGCAGCCGCAGACUGAAGGUAUUCCUGUUAUUCUGGGAGAUACUUUCCUGCGCUCGGCCUAUGUCGUUUAUGAUUUGGACAACUUUGAGAUCUCGCUUGCCCAGACCGUCUUCAACACCACCGAGACGGAAAUUGUCGAGAUCUCCAAGGCCAAGCCCGUCGCCAGCGUCGUGAGCGGCGUGGUUGCCACGCAGACAGCCACCUCUGGCGGUGUUGCUCCUGGUGAUGGUGGUAGCGGAAGCGAUGGCAGCAGUGGCACCUCGUUCCCGACUGCCACCGCUGGUGCAUCGGAGAGCAAUGGUCUGGGCGAUAUCUCCAGCCUACCCACCGCCACUUCUUCUUCUUCUGAUGGCGGCAAUGCUGGCGCUACAGUGCAUGUUCCUGGUUUGCUGCUGAGUCUGCAAGCUGCCGGCCUGUCCAUGAUUAUUGGCGGCGCCCUUUUUUCGUUGGCUUGA